AAACAUUGCACCACUGACAUCCUCCACAGUGUUGUACAGUAGAAAACACCGUCAAUUAUGUUCAUAAGAAAUCCUGGAAGAUUAAAAAUUGCAGGAAAUUAUCGAAUUAAUCAACCGAUAGAGAAUUUCAAAUUGAGAGUAAAGAUCGUCCAGCAGACGUCCCUAUUGUCGGAAUUAUUCGAGUCAGAGUGCGAAACUAGGGACUCAAAUUUUCUGGAAACUGAGGAGAGAACCUUCACCUGGCAAGAGAAAGUCCUGAGUCCCUUUGAAGUUAAUUUCUACAAAGAGGAGAAGAAUUGCAUCAAGGAUACCCACAAGAAAUAUCGCGAGAGAAUAAUCAAAGAUGAUAUCAAAGGCUCACGACUAUUCACCUACACAGCUGAUGAUUCCUACCAUCGAAGUGCGACUCCAACAACGAAGGAAGGAUAUAAAUCUUAUCUAUCAUCAAAGAAUGAAACGGCUCUUCCAGCGAUGCGAAAUCGAAAGCCAUUUGCCAAACGAUACAACAAAAAAAUCAUUGAGUCGCGCCCAUCCACGAAUACGAUAAGGACGAAUCAUUAUUUGUACAGGAACAUGAAGACGAUGUACAUAAUAGCUGAUCUCACCUCCAAGGACGAAGCCCUUGGUAUCUGUGAAGACUCCGAGAGUCUUUUGUGCACGAUAACACUCGAUGAAGCUGGAAAACUCCUCACUGUCGAUCCGGAUUUCAGCAACGAGUGCUACACCAUUGAUGCCACUGGAAUGAGCUAUGACUUCUGGAUCGAACACAUCUCCGAAGGACAAACAGAGGAUGAGAAACAAAUGCAGAGAGAGCUGCUUCGUCACGAAUUAAACGAGAAACUACUGUACAAAGAAGCAGAAAUGUUUUCUGAAAUUAACUUACCACCACCUCACGUACUCCGGCUUUACCUGACGUUGGAUAUGACAAGAGCUCGUGGUUUCCCGUAUGAUGCCCUGUUCCUCACCUAUUUGAUUGAUCUCCCGAAAUAUUGGAGUACGAGUGAAGCGAAUAAACUGUCAGGGAGGACACAGAGAUGCAGAAUGAUGAAUGGCAUUGCUAAUUUUAGCUUUGUUACCGAACUGACGCUUGAUUUCGAUUUGAAUUGUUUGGAUGAUGAAAAUGUGAUACCUGCAUGGCCACAGGUGCUCAUUGCUGCUGCGUCACUCGAUAAGUGGACCAGAUAUAGAAUUGAAGGAUAUGCAACUCAAGCCCUAUCUCCAACUCCAGGCAGGUAUAUCUAUCAAUUAAAAACGUGGCGACCAGUGGCUGGAUUUAUCAACACUUUGCGACGUUUUUUCACCGGGGGAAUAGCGGAAUUAGAAGAUCUCACCUAUUGUGGAAUUCCCCGAGGCGAGAACGGCCCGAUAGUCGAUAAAUCACAGUUGAAAGCUGUGCCAGGUGGUUUCAUCGACAUUGAGAUGAACAUCGUUCAUCAGAGUAGAGAUUUUUCGAAGAAUCGAAGGAUUUCCAGGGAUACACUCGACAGAUUAUCAGCAGGGACACUCAUUAACACAGUGGAUACUGUUCUCGAGCAGUUUAAAGCAGCCAGGGAACGUAUGAUUCGUGCAAGAGCCAUGUGCUCGUAAUGGCAGUGAUUUCCUCAAUCCUAUGGCCCUGUUCAUGUAAUGAUUUUUUAUUUUGCUUGUUAAUAAAAAAAGUCUAGAAAA